AUGGGUGACCUUCAAGUGGUCAGUGGAAUUAAGAAACUUAACUGUCAAAAUUACAACACGUGGUCAUUGCAUAUGGAGGCAUAUCUCCAAGGCCAAGACUUGUGGGAGAUCGUUAAAGGCAACAAGGUCACACAACCAGAGGAUGUAGCUGCUCUAAAGAAAUGGAAGAUUAAAGCUGGAAAAGCAUUGUUUGUUAUUCAGACCACAGUCGAAGAUGAAAUGUUGGAGCACAUCAUGGAAUCGAAGACAGUGAAGGAAGCAUGGGAUACUUUCGCAUCAUUAUUCACAAAGAAGAAUGAUGUGAGAUUGAAACUUCUAGAGAACGAGCUUCUCUCUAUCACACAACGCGACAUGAUGAUCAACCAAUACUUUACCAAGAUAAAAUCUCUUUGUCGCGGAAUUUCUGCAUUAGAUUCUACUGCUGGUAUGUCAGACUCCAGAAUUAGAAGAAUUGUUAUUCAUGGAUUAAAAGUUGAAUAUAGAAGUUUUAUUGACGCAAUACAAGGUUGGUCAAGCCAACCUUCUCCUACUAAAUUAGAAAACUUGCUAGCUGACCAAGAAGCGUUGGCUAAGCAAUUAUCUGGAGUCUCGAUAAAGAGCGACGAAGAAGCACUCUUUAGUAGCAAUAAGAAAGGUCGACCCCGGCCAAGUUCUAGAAAAGGUUCUAGAAGAUAUGAUGACAAAGAUGGUCAUCAUGGAAGCUCCCAAACAGGGCGAGCUCAAAAGAAAUACAACUGGGGUGGCCAAUUUAAGAGUAACAAUAAAUUUGAUGGUAAAUGCUACAACUAUGGGAAAAAGGGCCACAUUGCUAAAAAUUGUUGGUCUAAGAAGAAAACAACAAAGGGCAAUGUAGUCAUGUCAAACACUAGACAAGCAAGCGAUGAAGAAUGGGACGUUGAAGCAUCUUUCGCCGUGGAGGAAGGAGAAUUAGCUCUGGCAGUUACUGUUCCCAGACCAAUCGACUACAACAAUGAUUGGAUAAUCGACUCUGGCUGCUCAAAUCAUAUGACAGGGGACAAAGAGAAGUUGCAAAGCAUGACCGAGUACAACUCAAGAUUAAUGAUUACCCAUAUCGUUAAAACAAAAAUAGUGCCACGACUAAGUACAAAGGAAGUAUCACUCCAGGAUGUCUAG